UUUGCAGCAGCAGAGGCAGAGACGUGAACGCAUCACCACUGCAGGACCCACGCAGGCAUUCUCUUAAGACUGAAGAGAGGAAACUAUUCGGCACAAUGAACAGUCUUUUCAUAUGUAGCAUUUUUCUCACAGUUUUAGUGGCAUCUGGAUUUUGUAAGAAAAUCCUUGUGUGUCAGGAAGAAACGGACAUAAGAGUAGAAUGCAGACUGGAGCCCAGACAAAACCAGAUUAACAACUACGAGUUUUCCAUUUCCAAAAACAACAAGGAAGCCAUCAUUAACACCAAUGUCACCGGUAUUACUGCUGAUGUGACCUUCAAGGACAAAACCCGUGUUGAACCACUCCAACCUUUUGGGUUCAAGCUGACACUGUCCAACUUCCCGAUAACUGAAAACACAACUUUCAUCUGCAAAACUUCAAAUUUGGUUGACAGCGUGUUUAUUCAGAAAGGUAAAAUGGAGACAUGCUCUGCCAUCAGUGUGUUCCUGCAGAGCUGCCCUUGGCUCCUGCCCUUGUUGGUGUGCUUUCAUGCCGUGUAGCACUGGGCACUCUCCUCCCUCUGAGAGAGGCCACAUGAACUGCCCAAAUAAAAACUGACUUUAUAAGAACAGUAGGGGAAAUAGUGUAUAGAGGAACACAUAAACAUGAGCUGGAGCAAUAAAGAAAUAUACAUAUAUAAGUCAAGUAAGGGAGCAUGCAUGAUUGCCACAUUGCUGCCACCCUACUUCAGGGCUGCCUCUUCUUUGGUUCUCUAAUUACUCCCAAGAAUAUCCUAAUGCCUAUAUGUGUCAAAUAAACUGUGCAAACAAUGCUUUGUCAUAACAAUAAUAAUAUAUUUUACCAAUAGUUUCUUCAUUCUCCCUUUUAGCAUACAGAUGCCAAAUCUAUCAUACAUUAUCUUACUGUCAUUUAUUUGUGUAUCCCAGAAAAAAAACAGGUUUACCAGUACUUUGUUUCAAUUUAAGAAGAGGGAAAAAAACAGCUGUAUGAAAUAGUAGACAAUUUGAUACUGUGUGCAUUACUGAUUGAAAUAUGUGUGGAUAAAAUAAGCAAUUGGCUUUGUGUUACUUAAUACAGCUUUCAUGAGACAGGAGGGCUGUCAACACCAGGGUGUUGGAUGAAGGUCAAAAUCAAACAGGUUACAGGAGUACAAAGAGUGAGAGAUGAUCAUAAAGACUCUUGAAAGUCAUUACAUAAUCACAUAACCACCCUGUCAUUUUGUGACUCACUUUUAUUUCUUAUUAAUUACAUCCUUUCAUCGACUAGACAAUUUCAGAAAAUCAUUGAUAAUGGUACACCUAAAGUACUAUAUUAAGGACCUCUUUACGCCUUGGAUAUUGCAGAAUUUCACUCCAUGCUGUGCAGUGUGACUGCUAAACGUGUAGGUGUGCCUGUUUCAGUGUGCGCUCUAAGAGCUUGCGCCAUCCCUAUAGAUAGUUGUAUAGGCUUUACAGAAGGUUCCCCUUUACUGAAAGGUCAAUCAUGGUACAUAGAUGCUUCGAUAUGCAAGUUUCAUUGCAUUUAGAAUUUUCUCUUAAGCCUCCCGUCAGAAUGGUGGCGCUCUUCUGACUAAAGCAAGAAGUCCUAUAUCACUUGAUAGUGUGCAUAACCAUAAGCAUCAUUGUGAUACACUGUGAUACAUAGUGUCUGUGGUUUGAUUAGUGUAUCUAUCAAUUUUCCUAACAAUAGUAAGCAUUGCAGGUAUUGGUGUCUGCUAACAUGUCUUCCUUGAUGGAGUUAUUGCUUAAACUGCACAAAAUGUGUAGGCUUUAACAAUAAAUAUAAUGCUCAGGUAUAUUUCUCAUUUCAUACACUAUAAAAUGCAUAAAAAACUAUAUCCAAUGAUAUCUUAUUGCCCAGUGAAUAAAGGUCUGAUUAAAACUGCUUCAUGAUUAUACAGUGCUGAAGCCCAACUAUGAUUAUAUGGGAAAACAAGCUUACAAUAAAUACUAUUUGAGAC